UGACAUGUGCAGUUAGAGGGGAGAAGGGAUGCAUCUGAUGUGGUUGAAAAUAAUUAGUUUACCAGAGCUUCUGACUUGUCCCUUACUGUAUGAGUGUUUCUUCUAAAACCUGACUGCAUCUGAUCUGUGUGUGUAUAAUUUUGGAUGCUGUUAUGUUAACUGAAUUACUGUAGGUCACAAAAGAUGACUACUUUGGUAUCACAUUGCAUCUCUUGUGCCUCUGAUUGCUGUCUAAGACUUGGUGUUUAUAAAGUACUUGCAGAUGUCAAAUAACUUCAGUCAAAGUGAGGAUAUUUGCCUCGGUGAAAAGCAAUUUCUGCAGUUCUGUGACUUGUUUAUCAAACAUUCAGAGGAGAUCAAUGAUGGUUGGCAAUGGAGGAAACAGGGGCCCAAUGAGGGAUAUAUGGUAAAAGUUCAUUUGACGUCUAGAAAAACAAAAAACAACUUUUUUGAGGACUCUCAGUGCCUUCCAAGUCUUCCAGGUCAUGAAUCAGAGGCAUGUUCCGAGGGAGAGGCAGAGAAUAUUGGCAUUGACAAAGAGGAAGCUCCGGUAACAACGUUAGAACUAAUUCAGUAUGAGUACCAUGUUGUCUACUCCUGCAGCUACCAGGUACCUGUGCUGUACUUCAAAGCUUGUUUUUCAGAUGGCAGGCCACUUACACUGGAAGAGAUUUGGGAGAACGUGCAUGAUUGUUACAAAGAGCGUCUUUUGCAAGGACCCUGGGAGACUAUUACACAACAGGAGCACCAUUUACUUGGCCAACCAUUUUUCAUCCUCCAUCCCUGUCGAACAUCUGAACUAAUGACACCAAUAAUGGCUGGUGCCAGGCAGGAGAAGAGAGAUGUAAACUACAUCACAAGCUGGCUCAGCAUGGUGGGGCCAGUGGUGGGACUGGAUUUGCCAACUAGCUAUGCUACAGCCAUGUCACAGUGCAUCUGAGGUCCUGACUUGAAAACGAAUGGAGAAAAUGGAGAGAUGCAGAAUCCAGUAGGUGUUUGUUGCUCAGCCACAGUCAUCACCGAAUUAUCAGAAGCGUAUCAAUCUUUGACUAUGCGGCAUCCAUUAAGCAAAUGAAGAAAUAGGUGCUGUCGAGCAUAGCUCUCAGCAUUAGCUGCUUGUGCUCAGUACUCCUCACUUUGUGGUCGUCUCUUUCCGUGUUAGCAAAGAAAAUGUAUCUGUGUCGUGUGAUGUAUUACUGUAUUGUUUUAAAAUGUUAAAAAAAUCAAUGGUGUCUCAGCUGUAAGAUAUGUUGUUCAGACAGUAUGGCAGUGCAAGCUCAUGCAGCCAUUACUCAACAUGUGAGCUAGAAUGCAGAAGAAUGAAAAGUAAGAGCACACAUUUUUUUCCCCCCGAAAUGAACCAGAAAAUGGCUAGCACACCCUCCUGAUAAGGGAUAAAAAUAAAAAUUGGCAUGAUAUUAAUUUGAUCGUUUGAAUAUAAAGUUGACGACAACAUACUGUGUUUGUUUGUAGUCAAUUGAAUAAUGGCAAGAUGUAACCAUAGAAACAAACUUUCCUCUGCUUGUACAGUUCUCAAAAAAAAACUCGUACACUUGGACAGAUGUGAACGUUGCUAAGGAUACGUAGUUCUAGAUUUGUUAGGGUUUGAUUUUGAAGUGUUGUCACGGUGCCUGCAAAUCUUUUAAUGUUCAGGCAGAGACUAUACAAAAGGUAUACAUGGUAAACUCUGCCAUACCAUAAAAGCCUUUGCUGUAAGCCAGAAAUCAGAAUGGCUAUACAAGGGAGCCCUCUUCAGGUCAAAUCAGCUUGUUAGCGGGAACGCCAGCACUUUUUUUUAAAUUGAAGUAUGUAAGUGUAUUCAAUGCUAUAAUUGCAGUAUGGGACAUUUAACAAAAUUAUUGCCUUUGACUGAAAUAUUCAGUGGGAAUAUUCUCCAAAUUAUUUGUUUUGUUUCAAUACUCAGUAUUUCCACACAUUUGUG